CGAUGCAAGCAGGAGCCACUGGUGCCCCGCAAAGUGCAUAACGCCGAAACGAAAGGAAGGCAGGAAGGAAGGAAGGUUUGAGCCCGGGACGAGGACGAGGACUCGACGAGCUCCUUCCUCGACGACGAGCCCAGGAGUCACGCAGUCACUCAUCCUGCGCGCGAUCAGCUCGCGAUUUCCAACGAAAAAAAGUAACGUGCCUUGAUUCCCGACAAGCUGCGAACCUCCGCUUCCAUCAUCGGUGAGCACGACGGACGAUGACGUGAAACCACGAGGCGCUCGAAUCAUCCCUGAAAGCCUGUCGUGCUUUCCCGAUGCUAUCUUCAACAACAUCCGAAUGCGUCAACCUCGUCGAUGAUCGCACAAAGACCUAAACACUCGACCUCGGAUACGGGAGAAAGCGUCUCAGGGGAUGAUAUUUGUUGAUCGUCGACGGGAAUAACGCAUUUCAUCAACACCCUGAAGAAUCCGAAGACGGGAAAAUACCAUCGAUGAUACCGGACGGAAUAUGCGAGGACAAGUGGUUCGCGGUGUGGACGUCCUUGGCAGUGUGGUGAUCGAUCGAGGAUAUCAGUGAUCGACGAAAUUGACGUGACGGCAGUUGUCAACGAGGGAGGAGCAUCGCGACACGGAUAGAGGAACGGCGGCGGUGGCGAGUUUUGUCGCGAGUGCUAAAGUAUCUUAUCGCGUGCGAGGCUGCUGCUCGGUGACAAGAUAUCGACCGUAGCCGCCGAAUUAAUCGUCGAAGGUCGCGAGCACCGUCUCGCUCCCUCAUCGGAUUCUUCGGCGAUUCGAUGCCCUUCGAUCGAUGAUCCUCGUAAAGGACGAGCCGCUGACCGAUCAUGAUCGGAUAUGGAUCCUCGAGGGAUACCGAUCGCACGAGAUCACGAGCGCCUUCGUUGAAGAGCUUCAUCAUUCGCCCGAAUCGGAACCGAGCUAUCCCGAACUACCCGUGAUGACACAAAUCAAACGAUUCUAAUAACGAGUUUUGUUGAAACGUUUCACAUUUGCCACAGUCGUCAUAACUAACCUGGCGAUAAAUACCAACUUGUAAAGAAGCUUGUUGAAGAAAAGAAUGGGGAAAAAACGAAACUGUUCUCUCUCACGUAUCUCCAUCUUCAAAUAUUUCUCUCGUCGAAACUCGCAAUAAAAAUCAGUCGCUAUUCUACAUAACGCGCUUCGUUGACGCGACUUUAUAAGAGCCGCAAUCGUUAAAAUCGAUCGUUACAGUUGUUGUAUCGUUAAAGAAACCGAUUUCUGCGUGGGAAUAUAAAAUUGUUAUAUAUAUGAAUAAUCAAUCGUUCUCUCGAGGUAAACUAUUGUUAAAGUUUUUCAGCGAUAGUGUGUUUGCACUUCUUCAUCUCUCCAGUCGGUCGUACAGAUCGAACUCGCGCCGGGUCUAAGAACUUCGACCGCUACGCUCCCUCGCUGUUUCGAGGCUGCGCGUGAAGGAAACGCGUGGUUGAAUCGAAGCGACCCUCUCCGAACGAGACCCACUGACCUAUCGACUCGACAGGCUGCCAUUCGAGGCCGCCCCAACUACCCCUGUUUCAUACUUUCCUCCGUAAUGUUUGUUGUCGUUCGUCUCCCUUCUUGAACCGAGUCUCGAUUUCACCUGUCUUUGGAUGCACAAAAAAGUCACUUUAUUAAUGAGGAUGGAAAUGACGAUUUUCACUAGUGUACAGUGUUACUGAACAAUCUUCCGGAAACAGUCUUUCUUAACCUUCGCAUUCUGUCCCUAUCCUUUAAAGUUGAUCAAUUGAUUCGAUCUCAAAGAUGAAAAAUCAAAACAAAUGUUUGAUCGCAUUUGCCGAAGAAUCGAUCGAAGACGUAUAUAUCGAGAUCGAAAUUCUCUCCGACAUUGGCGCGUUGCAUCGACAUAUUGUAAAAGCGUGAUGCACCGAUACGAGCCAUCGAUGACAAUCUAAAUGAACACAAAAAAUAGAAGAUCAUUGCUAGCAUAAAUAUCAAUCAAACACGAGUGACAACGAAAAAUUAAGAAGCGGCACGAAAUAUCGGGCGCUUUAAAUAAAAAGGAUCUUCCUUGAAAUGUUCAAACAAGUUACAAAGAGAUGAAUCUAACAAUUGCAAAGAGAUGUAAAUAAAUCGACACUAAUCUGCAAUAAAUAUGCGAGUAUCUAUAUAUGGACAGAAAUAUAUAAUGGGAUAGAAGCUCAAAGCACUUGGUAUUUCUCGAGCAAUAUCGAAAGCGACUGACUAUUUAAACAGUUCAUUCAUUUUCAUCCUGUCGCUGGCCUUGACGCAACAACCACGACGCUGUCUUCAACAAUUAUCAUACGUAGAGAUGCCAUAAUUCGUAUUUUUGCUGAAAGCAAACACAUUCGCGCGAAAAAAUGGCUGAAAGCGCUGCAAGUCCGGGCACUGCACACGUCGCUGCGAACAGUCCGCAGCAGCAGCAGCAAACACAGCAGCAACAAACACAGCAACCACAACAACAACAACCGCAACAACAACAACAACAACAACAACAAACGCAACAACCUCCGGAUAUAAGCAGUUCGCAGCUAACAUCCCCGCCAAUUACGGGAACAGCCCAGAUCGAGAUAAUCCCGUGCAAGGUGUGCGGGGACAAGAGCAGCGGUGUGCAUUACGGCGUGAUCACCUGCGAGGGCUGCAAGGGCUUCUUCAGGCGGUCGCAGUCGUCGGUUGUCAACUAUCAAUGUCCGCGAAACAAGAAUUGUGUGGUCGACCGUGUAAACAGAAACCGGUGCCAGUACUGUCGGUUGCAAAAGUGCCUACGCCUCGGCAUGUCAAGAGAUGCCGUUAAAUUUGGGCGCAUGUCGAAAAAACAACGGGAGAAGGUCGAAGAUGAAGUUAGAUUCCACAGGGCACAAAUGAGGGCGGCCUCGGAGACGGCGCCUGACAGCAGCGUGUUCGAGCAUCAGACACCAAGCAGUUCGGAUCAACACCAUCCCUAUAAUGGCGGGUACACCUACGGCGGUAGCGAAUACACGUCGUCAGGUCCCGGCACCGGCGGUUACACGAAUUACAAUCACCAGGCGAUGACGAAUUACGAGCUUAGCGCUGAUUACGUCGACAGCACGACGACCUACGAUCCCAGGCCGACGCAGACACAGGUCGCGGAUACCGUCGCGCCCGACACACCCUCAGCCGUCACAGCGACAGGGGUGCUUCCCAGCGUAGUCACUACCGGGAAGUCUCUGUCCGCCUCGACGACCGGGAACGGCGCGGGAGGCGGCGGUACCGGCAGUGGCGGCGGCGGAGGCGGCGGAGGCGGCGGCGGUAAUGGUGGUGGUGGUAACGGUGGUGGCGGUACUGGUAGCGGUAGUAAUAGUGGUAACGGUGGUUCCGCCGCGGCCACCGGCGGGGCUGCCGGGGGUGGAGGAGGCGGGGGCGGCGGCGGCGGCGGCGGCAGCGGCUCCCUAAGCGGCGGCGGAAUCGUCGCCGUGAAGCAGGAGACCACCGUCGAGCUCGCCGGCCUGGGCCACGGCUCGUACACGAUGGUCGACUCGACGACCUUCCUGAGCAACCAGCAGCAAAGGGUCAGCAACCCGUCUGAGGACGACGAAGUGCCGAGUCUGCCCAGUAUGUCCUAUGCGAUGAGAUAUCCGGCACAGAUCAGCGAGCUUCUCUCGAAAACGAUAGCAGACGCGCACGCAAGGACAUGCCUGGUGUCUACGGAACAGAUCCAGGAGUCCUUCCGGAAGCCCACCGGAGACCUCCCCAGAAUAAUGUACUAUAAAAAUAUGGCGCACGAGCAGCUCUGGUUGGAGUGUGCUCAAAAAUUGACCACCGUUAUCCAGCAGAUCAUCGAGUUCGCCAAAAUGGUCCCUGGAUUCAUGAAGCUCUCGCAAGAUGACCAGAUUGUUUUACUAAAAGCCGGUUCCUUCGAGUUGGCUGUGCUACGAAUGAGCAGGUACCUCGAUAUCCAGCAAAACCGCGUCCUAUACGGCGAUACCUUGCUGCCGCAGGAGGCAUUUUAUACGCAGGAUACGGCGGAAAUGAAGCUUGUUUCCUGCGUAUUCGAGCUGGCCAGAAGUAUCGCCGAACUGAAGCUCACCGAAACCGAGUUGGCACUCUAUAGCGCGGCUGUUCUACUUAGCCCUGAUCGACCGGGACUAAAGUGCCUGGGGGACAUCAAUAGGCUGUCACAGGCGGUGAUCAGAGCGUUGAGGUCAGAACUUGAUCGGAAUCACAUGACGCCGAUCAAGGGCGAUGUGACCGUGUGCGACGCGAUCCUCGCCAAGAUACCGCAGCUACGGGAGAUCUCGCUACUGCACAUGGACGCGCUGGCUAAAUUCAAGCGGUCGCAGCCGCACCUCGAGUUUCCGGCCCUCCACAAGGAGCUCUUCAGCGUCGACAGCUGAACGAGCGACGCGGCGCGGAGUGUCAUCCCGGCGCUGCCGAGCGGACAGGAGCGCGAGUAGCGUCGCGGAUCUUGCUCGGUCAAGGUGAGUCCGACCAUCCUGGAAGAGAAAUUACCGACGAUCUCGUGGCCCGGGGGAACCGGAAGUGACGACGCUUCCUAGGAAGAAUCCGCGAGCCGGCUUGGAUGAGAACGAUCUCGAUAAUAAAGGGCGUGGUGGCACGAAUAUGUCGUUGACAGAUCGAUCGAUCGAUCGUCUCGUCAUUUAAGCGAUCUAAUGGGGGUUAUUGCCUCGUGUCGAGAAUAACAACGCGAAUUAUGGCAGUCGCUUACGUUACGUUAGCUUGUUCGACUCUCCGAGUCCGAGGAUUCGGAGAUCUGUGCUUUUAAGACACAAGUACUUUUAAGACAAUUUAUUGAGAGCGGGUACUCGGAAAGGCGAGAAACAAUGUCGGCUAAUGCUUAUCUGUAUUUUAGAAUUUAGGAAUGGGUUCGUAUAGUCACGUUUCACAUUUAAUGCUAAAUGUGGUUUUAAAGUCCACGAUUACAAAUAAAUGCAAUCAUUCUCGCAUUAAGUAAAUUCUAACAUUAGAUAAAUAAAACUUGGAUGAUUAUAUAUUUAGCAUCAAGUUUAUUAAAUAUAAAUUUAAAUUGUAGUUUCUCUUUCUAGAACGGUUAUCCAAAAUUAUCAUUCAAAAUAA